AUGGCUCCAUCGUUCCUAAGCGUAGCAAGCUUCGUUGAGGCAAUACUUCGCCGGAGAUUCUCUUCUGCGGGUCUCUCUCUACAAACCCUAUGCAUCGACUCAGAAACCACCAUACAGUUCUGGGGCCCACCACCGGAAAACAAACAGAAACCGUCGCUCCUCCUCCUCCACGGCUUUGGCCCUUCCGCUGUAUGGCAAUGGAACCGUCAGGUAAAGCCACUCUCUCAAUCCUUCCGUCUCUACAUUCCCGACCUCGUGUUCUUCGGCGGCUCCACUACUUCCUCCGCUUCCUCCGACAAGAACCGUUCGGAGAUGUUUCAGGCGUCGAGCAUGGGGAAAUUGAUGGAGAAGCUCGGUGUCGAGAGAUUUAGUGUUGUAGGGACGAGCUACGGGGGGUUUGUGGCGUAUAACAUGGCGAAAAUGUUGCCGGACAAAGUGGAGAAAGUGGUUCUUGCGAGCUCCGGAGUUAAUAUGCGGCGGAGUGACAACGAGGCGUUCAUAGCGAGAGCUAAGUGCGCCGACAUCGCGGAGGUGAUGCUUCCUUCUUCGGGGACAGAUCUCCGGAGGUUCUCUGGGAUGAUUUCUUCUAGGCGACUCGAUUAUGUCCCCAAUUUUCUCUUGAACGACUUUUGCCAGAAAAUGUAUUCGGAGAAGAGAGAGGAAAAAGCAGAACUUCUGGAGGGACUAAGUAUUGGAAAGGACGACCAAACAAACGUUUCUCCAAUUCAACAGGAUGUACUGCUGAUAUGGGGGGAGCAAGAUCAGGUUUUUCCUUUGAAAAUGGCCCAUGACCUCAAAGAGGUGUUGGGGAAGAAGGCGACGCUGAAAGUGAUACAAAAGACAUCACAUAUACCUCAAACGGAAAAGCCCAAAGAAUUCAAUGACAUUAUCAUGUCUUUCUUGUUACCUCCCUCUCCUUCAAUAUAA